AGUAAUUUGACUUCAGCUCAACAAACAUGGCCGGACCUCUGAUGAUUCUUCUCAUUGGCUCUUUACUACAAGGCUGUAAAUGUAACGUAUUUCAGAUUAAUUUGCCAAAAAUCGUGCAAGUUAUGACAGGAUCAUGUGUGACCAUCCCCUGCUCCUUUGAUGUAGAGGAUCAGUAUGAACAGAACUUAAAUAACCAAUGUACAGCUAUAUGGCGUUCCACAACCACAGGCGAUGUUGCACAACUAACUGACAGAAAUCCACAAACAGGAGACUUAACAAUGAAAAACUGCACCACAACCUUCAGCAAUGUGAAGACUGGUCCCACCAGGAAUUAUUACUUCAGAAUUGACUGUGGAAAUCCUCUAAAAUGGAGUUAUUCCUCAACAUAUGUAAAAAUUGAGGUCACAGAUAAUUUUCCCUCACCAACUCUGACUCCGUCCACACUGAAGAUAAAGGAGGGAGAGUCAGUGAGUCUGACCUGCUCUGCUCCGGCUCCAUGUCUGCCUCAUCCUCCAACUCUGAUUUGGACCCCAAAACUGGGGGACAUUCAGGAAACACUGCAGGAGAAACUGGACAAAACUAAAUUCAAGACCUCAGUUAUGAACUUCACUGCUUCUCUUCUCUACAAUAAACUGAACAUUUCCUGCACUGCUGUGUACAAGAAACAAGAUGGAGGCUCUGAUGCAGCUCUUACCACAAGCUUAAUUCCAGAUGUUCUCUAUUCCCCUAAGAAUGUUACAGUUUCAGUCAGUCCCUCUGGUUCGGUUCUAGAGAACAGCAAUGUGACUCUGACAUGUAACAGUGAUGCCAACCCAGCAGAGCAGAAUUACACCUGGUACAGAGCUGAUGGAGGACAGGAAACUGUCAUUGGAACUGGAAAUACUUUAAACACUACAGUAUCUACAGACAGAGAUAUUUUUUUCUGCAAGGCUCAAAAUGAUGUUGGAGAACAACAUUCAAACAUCACUCACAUUGAUGUUCUG